UCUUAUAUGUGAUAACAAUAGUUUGUUUAAUGACAGAUAGUUUAACCUUAUUUUAUAGAAGUACUGAAGAUAUGUCUACAUUAAGAUUAGUUCAAUUAGUUCACAGACACGGAGAUAGAAAUCCGUUAGAAUUUUCGCCAAACGAUCCGUUUAAAGGACAGCACUUCUGGAAGGAAGGAAUCGGUGGACUGACAGCAAAAGGUAAACAACGGAUGUAUAGAUUGGGAAAAUUCAUACGAAAACGUUAUCAUAGAUUCUUAGGCCAUAGUUAUUCCCCACGCGAUGUCUAUGUCCGCAGUUCUAUAAGCGAAAGGUGUGUCGAGAGUGUCCAGUGUUUAAUGUCAGGCGUUUAUCCACCAAAAUCAUCGAUUUUAAAGUGGAGUAAUGGAUCAAAGUCUCAAUUAGGAAAUAUAUGGCAACCAAUUCCAGUGCAAACAUUUAUACCAAAAUCAGAAGACAUUGUUCUCAAUAGAGACAAAAGAUGUCCAAUCGUUGAAAGAGAGUUACAAAGAAUAUAUAAUUCACUAAAAGUGCAGAAAUUUGUUGAAUCGAUGAAUGAUUUCUAUGAGUAUUUGAGUCCAAUUGUUGGCCACAAAAUUGAUUGCAUAAAAAAGGCUAAAACACUUCAUUCAACACUUGAUAUUGAAAUCAAUUCUGGUUUUUAUUGGACUCAUAUCUGGACUAAAGGUGAAGAACAACGCGUUGUUAGACAACUCUAUGAAAGCCAUUUGAUGUCAUACAGACUCGUUGGCGACAGUCCUCUCAUAUUGAGGUUAAGAGCCGGCGGUCUAAUCAAAGAAUUAAUGAAAAAUAUACUUAAAUUGAUUGGCAAUCAACUGAUUGUCAAAAAAUUCAGUUCAAUUACUCAACAAAUUAGCAACAAUUAUAUGACAACUAUUAGUACUUUUUCUUUUAAAAGUACUGUAAAACAUAUCAAUAAUCAAACAGAUAUUAUUAAUAAUACUUUAAACACGACUUCAUCAAUAAGUACAACCAAUAGACCAUUAAUAACACCAUCGAUGACUAAACCAAAAAGUCCAUCAAAUAGUUCAUCUAUAAGUCCGUCAAUAAGUUCAUCGACAUUAAGAUCAUUGAAUGAGACAGUUCAUCGAAAAUCAACUAAAACCUGGAUAAUAGUUAUAGCAAUUACUUUGACGGCUAAAAACGGAACCGAAGAGAGUUUAUUGAAAGAAGAAAUGAAGUCCAAAACAGGUUUAGUGAUUACAAACGGUGAUUGCUGUAAAACUGUAUUAUAA